CGAUGACCAAAUUCUUGGAAGUGCAUCCUCUGCUACUAGAAUUGAAGACUCACGGAAAUGGCAGACUCUUCCUUGCGUAGACGCCCACCAAAGACCCAAAGCUCAACAGUGCGAACGAAAUCUCCCGCGCAAGAUGAGAUCGAAGACCAAACGUCUCGAGUAAUCUCCGUUCUCGAUGUCCUUCGGGUUAUAAUAACUCUUAUUGGCGUCUCCUGUGCAUUGUCAUACUACCUAACUUCUGGCUCUUCCUUCACUUGGAACUACCAUCCCUGGUUCGCGAACCCUGCACAACUCGCGCGAUGGUGGAAAGGGCCACUGUAUCUAAGUCCUGACGAGCUGGCGCUAUACAACGGCACAGACCCCAGAAAGCCGAUAUAUCUCGCCAUCAAUCGCACGAUCUUCGAUGUUACCGAGGGAAGACGGACAUAUGGCCCUGGUGGAAGCUAUGAAGUAUUUGCUGGGAGAGACGCCACCAGGGCGUUUGUCACCGGAUGUUUCCUCGAAGAUCGAACGGGUGAUCUGAGAGGGGCAGAAGAAAUCUACAUCCCCAAAGAAGAUACCGAUGAGGACAUCUCGAGCGGAGCGAGGAAAACAAGGGCUGAGAAAGAGAGGAGGAACGCAAAGAAACGUGUCCUGGAGGAAGUGGCUAAGUGGGAGGCUUUCUACAGGAAUCACAAGAAAUAUUUUGAAGUGGGAAAGCUGGUAGGCGUGCCAGAGUACACAGGUGAUGCCCCAAAGUUGUGCGAGCCGGCUGAAAAAGGACGACCCAAGAGGAAGAAGGGAAAGCAAAUAGAUAAGGCGCAAGGAAAGCCGGUACAGUAAUUGAGCUCAGGACAAGACCAAAUGGCGUUGAUCGUUAGAGUCGAAACAAAUCAUGAUAGACAACAUGGAUAUCAAUUCCUCCUGGAACGAAGGUUACUGCAGACAAUGAUCGAGAAUGGGAUCGCGUAUCCUUCGGGAUAAUCGUGACCAUGGGUCUGAAAAUUGCUCCCC